GAAAGCUGAGCUGAGAGAGGGGUUUUGAAAAAUAUUUAAUUUUGUGAUGUGGGAUCCUUUUAGAUUUUACUUACUUGUAUUUACAUGUAGAGAGAGAGAGAGAGAGAGAGAGAGAGAGAGAGAGUGAGAGAGGGAGGGGAGUAUUGAUGAGAAAGAAGUGGCAAGUGAGAGCUGUAAUGUAUUGUUGCAGCAGGCCUAGUACCAGAAACUUGGCAGAAGGUUUUUUAACCUUUUCUCUCUUGAAAAUAAUUCACGAUUCCUCUCUCCUAUUUCCACAUUCGCAUCUUUCAUUCGCCUCUUUCUCUCUCCACAUUUACUUACAUGCAAUAGCUGCACUCUUUAUCUCUCUCACUCUCUCACACACACAUAGACACACACAUCACUCUCUUUCUCUCUCUGCAGCAGGGCUCUCUGGCAAUAGGAUGUGAUUGAACAUUACAAAAGCCAGAGCCUGCUCUUUCUUUCCAUUGCACAUUUUUCAACAAUCUUUUAGAGUAUUUGUAAUAUUAUUCCUGUUCAUCAUCUUCCUCCCUUUACUCUCUCUCACUUUCAUUCAUGUCGGUGAAUUCAUGACUCCAUCUUUUCCUAGUGUUGCAGCUUUCUCUCUUCUAGCUCAUCUCUUAUAAUAAUUGUAAUCUCCAUCUCCAACUUCCCCAUUUGUCACUUUCCUACUAGGUGUCUGCUUGUGUUUAAAAAAAAAAUCUCAUCUUUGAGGUCGAGAUAGGCUGUGGUUCUAUCUAUGAGAAGUGGGCUAUGGCUAGUUCUUGCAAAAGAUUUGUUCUUGGAUUUGUGGUGGUGUUGCUGAGCUUUGCUUCGGUUGAGUGUGAUGGUGAUGGUAUUGUUUUGCUGGAGAUAAAGAAAUCAUUCAGAGAUGUGGAUAAUGUGCUGUAUGACUGGACUGACACUCCAUCUUCAGACUAUUGUGUUUGGAGAGGAAUCGGUUGUGAUAAUGUCACCUUCAAUGUGGUUGCUCUUAAUCUUUCAGGCUUGAAUCUUGAUGGAGAAAUUUCACCUGCCAUAGGGCAGCUAAAGAGCCUAGUUUCAAUAGAUUUGAGGGGGAAUCGGCUCUGCGGCCAAAUCCCGGAUGAGAUUGGGGAUUGCUCAGCUCUACAGAGCUUGGACCUUUCUUUCAAUGAGCUCUUUGGGGAUAUUCCCUUCUCAAUCUCAAAGCUGAAGCAACUAGAGACAUUGAUUCUGAAAAAUAAUCAGCUAAUUGGUCCAAUUCCUUCAACACUCUCACAGAUUCCUAACUUGAAGAUUCUGGACUUGGCUCAGAAUAGGUUGAGUGGAGAAAUACCAAGAUUAUUAUACUGGAAUGAAGUUCUUCAAUACCUGGGGCUGAGGGGUAACAACCUCCAAGGUUCACUCUCUCCAGAUAUGUGCCAGCUAACCGGCUUGUGGUAUUUUGAUGUUAGAAACAAUAGCUUGAGCGGUCCGAUUCCUGAAAAUAUCGGCAACUGCACGGCGUUUCAGGUUUUGGAUUUGUCGUACAACAAUUUCACGGGUGACAUUCCUUUCAAUAUCGGAUUUCUUCAAGUUGCUACCCUGUCCUUGCAGAAUAACCAUUUCUCUGGGCAGAUUCCAUCAGUUAUUGGCCUAAUGCAGGCAUUAGCAGUGCUAGACCUAAGUUUUAACAUGUUGAAUGGAACGAUCCCGCCAAUUCUUGGAAAUUUAACGUACACUGAGAAAUUGUAUCUUCACGCUAACAAGCUGACCGGAUCAAUUCCUGCCGAGCUUGGAAAUAUGACAAAGCUUCACUAUCUGGAAUUGAAUGAUAAUCAGCUCACCGGGCGUAUCCCGCCAGAACUUGGGAAGCUCACAGAUUUAUUUGACCUAAAUGUAGCUAAUAACCACUUGGAGGGGCCGAUACCAGAUAAUCUUAGCUCGUGUACAAACCUUAACAGCCUCAACGUGUAUGGAAACAAAUUGAAUGGAACUGUUCCCUUGGCAUUUCAAAAGCUCGAAAGCAUGACGUAUUUGAACCUAUCCUCCAACAAUCUCAGAGGCCCCAUUCCCAUCGAGCUAUCUCGUAUUGGCAAUCUGGACACGCUAGACCUCUCGAAUAAUAGGAUCAGCGGUGAAAUGCCCUCCUCUCUUGGCGACUUGGAACAUCUCUUGAAACUCAAUUUAAGCAAUAAUGCUUUGACGGGCUUCAUACCUGCUGAGUUUGCCAAUCUGAGAAGCAUUGGGGAGAUAGAUCUUUCGAAUAAUCACCUCUCAGGUCAAAUUCCUGAGGAGCUUAGCCAGCUUCAAAAUCUCUUCAUGCUUAAGCUGGAAUACAACAAUAUAUCGGGUGAUGUGACGUCGCUUGCCAACUGCCUCAGUCUUACAGUGCUGAACGUGUCGUACAACAAUCUUGUCGGAUUCAUCCCUACGGGGAACAACUUCUCAAGGUUUUCACCCGAGAGUUUUGUAGGCAAUCCGGGACUCUGCGGCUAUUGGCUCAGCUCAAACUGUCGUGCACCUCGUCCCACUGAGAGAGUCUCGAUUUCUAAAGCAGCUAUACUCGGAAUAGCCCUCGGUGCCAUGGUGAUUCUUCUCAUGAUCUUGAUCGCAGCUUGCCGGCCCCACCAUCCAAAGACUUUCACAGUCGGGCCUCUCGACAAGCCAGUUAACUACUCGUCUCCAAAGCUCGUUAUCCUUCACAUGAACAUGGCUCUCCACGUGUACGAAGAUAUAAUGAGGAUGACGGAGAAUUUGAGUGAGAAAUAUGUCAUCGGAUAUGGAGCGUCGAGCACGGUGUAUAAAUGUGUCCUCAAGAACUGCAGGCCUGUGGCCGUGAAGAAACUCUACUCUCACUACCCACAAUGCCUGAAAGAAUUUGAGACGGAGCUGAACACGGUCGGGAGCAUCAAGCAUCGCAAUCUUGUUAGCCUGCAAGGAUACUCGCUCUCCCCGUCCGGAUAUCUUCUCUUCUACGACUACAUGGAAAACGGAAGCCUCUGGGACAUCCUUCACGGAACUACAAAGAAGAAGAAGCUCGACUGGAACACCCGUCUCCGCAUAGCGCUAGGCGCUGCACAGGGGCUCACGUAUCUCCACCACGAUUGUAGCCCUCGGAUCAUCCACAGGGACGUGAAGUCGUCCAACAUUUUAUUGGACAAGGACUACGAGGCUCAUCUCACAGAUUUCGGCAUUGCCAAGAGCCUAUGCACGUCCAAAACUCACACCUCGACGUUCUUGAUGGGAACUAUUGGUUACAUCGACCCUGAAUAUGCUCGGACUAACCGUCUCACGGAGAAGUCCGAUGUCUACAGCUACGGCAUCGUGCUCCUCGAGCUGCUAACCGGAUGGAAAGCUGUGGACAACGAGUCGAAUCUCCAUCAACUGAUUCUGGGGAAGGCAGCAAACAACUCAGUGAUGGAAACUGUGGAUCCCGAGAUCUCGGAGACGUGCUCGGAUCUCGGGGAUGUCAAGAAGGUGUUUCAGCUGGCUCUCUUGUGCACGAAGAGGCAGCCCUCGGAUAGGCCAACGAUGCACGAAGUGGUUCGCGUGCUCGGGACCCUAGUGCCGCCUCCUCCGGACGCCAAGCUGCUCACCUCAACGCCUCCGGCAGCUCUCCCGUCUGGGAAAGGCGAGUGCUACGUCGACGAGUACGCGAAUCUGAAGACUCCUCACUUGAUCAACUGCCCUUCCAUGAGCACAUCAGAUGCUCAACUCUUCCUAGAAUUUGGGCAGGUCAUUUCUCAGAAUAAUGUCUGAAACUUGAUGAAUUGUAGGGAGAAGUAGGCAAGAAAAUGUUGUAGAAAAACUAAGUGGCAGCAGCAGUUGUAAUUAAGAGCUGCCUGCUUAUUUUGCACCUGAUCAAAUUUGAGGACAUUGUGUGGAAAAUAUGGUAGUAGGGGUAUUUUUGGGAUUUGGGAUGAAGGGACCACUCUCUCUCUCUCUCUCUCUCUCUCAUCUCUAUGUUUCUCUCUCUGUCCUUGGAGAUUUUGGGCUCACACUCUUAGGCAGAUGGGUAGAAGUGCUUCUUUGUACAUAAUAAUAAUUGUUGUGUGGACCUCUUAUCAUCACAGAAGCUGUCUGUUUUUAA